AUGCCCGUGCUCAUCCUCACCGACUACCUCGCACCGAUCCCGUCGGGCUUGCACCUACGGCUCGACGGCGUCACGCUCGAUGACAAAGCCUUUGACCGGCUCGUCUUGCUCCUCAAGGCCACGCCGCGCAUCCGCCGGCUCUCAAUGCGCAACCUUGGUCUCGGGCCCAAGCUCGCCGUGUUUGUCGCCGACGUUUUGGCCACGAAUUGCACGCUCACAGCUGUCGACUUGAGCGGCAAUGCCAUAGGAUCGCACGGCGCCAAGUGUCUUGCGACCGUGCUCCUCGAGCACAACAGUACGCUGCAAGAGCUCUCGCUUGCAUGCUGCGGCCUUCACAGCGACGCAUUCGCCAACUGGAUCGAGUUCUUCGAGCGCGCUUCGCCCAACACGACGUUUCAUACGCUCAACGUCGCCCACAACGCGAUUGGUGACGACGGCGCGCUGGCACUGGCCAAGGCGCUCGAGCUCGAGCGACUCAUGCCGCUUCGUGGGUGGCGCCUCGACCUGCGGCGCAACGGCAUCACCGACGUUGGGGUGACGGCGCUGGCGUCACUCUUGGCAACAACGCACGCCGUCGUGCAGAUGGAUGUCGCCAACGCCCGUUCGUUCGAGGUGCGAGAGCCCGAGCGUGUCGUCUUUCUAGAGCACCGGUGUCGACGCAACACGGCCGAGAUGCACGCCCGAGUUGUCGACUCGGCGGCGCGGACGAUUCUGGCAUCGACCCGCCGCGCCGAAACCAUGGUACUCGAGAACGUUCCCGUGCUGGUGGCGCAAGCUGUCGCGUUGGCCCAUGCGCUCAAGCACACGCUGGCGACGACGACGCUGACGCUUCGCAACAACUCGCUGUGUUUGGCUGCGAUCCAGCACUUUGCGUGUGGACUUGCUUUCAACCAAACGCUGUAUCGGCUCACGCUCCGGGACAAUGGCGUCUCGGGCGACGCUUUCGUCGCGCUGCUGGACGCAUUGGCGCAAAACGCGGCGUCCCCGCUCCGCGAGCUCGAGAUUUCCCAUUCGACGUCGCUGCGUGUGCCUCUCUGGCCUCGGCGCGUCAACGGACACUUAUACCGCUUCUUUACGCAGGCGAGCCAGCUCACGCACCUCACACUCGACCACUGCGGGCUCUCGGACGUCGACGUGGGCGGGAUUGUCGCUGGCCUUGCGUGGAACGGGCUUCUUCAAGUCGCCCACUUUGGGCGCAACUGCAUCACCGACGCUGGCGUCAGCAUCUUUCAUGUGUUGCUGCACCGCUGCGCCCAUCUUACAUCGCUCGAUAUUAGCGGCAACCUUUGCACCCUCGACGGCAUCGUCAGUGUCGUCGCCGGCGCGAGCGAUCAUUUGCGCCUCCGGAGUCUCUGCGUCGGGCGCUUCCCAGCGUUUUCUCCGACCUUGUUUACAAUUGCUAGCCACAUUGGGCGCAGCAACUCGCUCGUGCGCGUCGAGAUUGCUGCCGCCAGCGACCACUCGCGCUGGGCGUCGGCCAAGGCCGCGAUCCAAGCAACGUUGCAACUCAACCGCAAGAAGAACCCUAUAACGCCACCGACGACGUUUGCAGCCUGGACCCGCCACUGCCGCGCCAACUACAUGGCCCGUGACGUGGCCACCAGCACGGCCUCGCGGCUCGUGCGACCGCACCAGCACAUCAUCGCAAUGCGCCUGCUGCACGUAGAAGACGUCAACGUGACGAUCUUUGUCGCGUGUCGUGAGAUGGCGGCAGAAGAUAUCGACGCGCGGCUCCGAUUCGAGUGGGCAGGAAUGGUUGCCAACGACGUGGAUGCUGCGCUCCUCCUCGAACGCCGCUAUAUGCGGUCCGAAGACGUUGACGCAGUGCUCGACGCCGUGUAACCAAACGUCCGAGCUGUAAUCACUCGUCAAGUUUUAUCAAACGCA